UUAUAUCUGAAUUUCACUGACAGUCAAAAUUUCCGCAGGUUCUGUGAACUUUUCGACGUUUAUCGUGUCAUGAAGUCCAAUUAGUUGUUGGGGACACGCGUUUUGCGGAGUGUGCCACAUAUUUCGCCGCACCUCGUUUGGCGUACGAAGCCUGUUCUUUUUCACCCUUCUUUGAAUCCUCAUUUGUGGUAGCAUCUUAUACCAAUACGACGACAUGAAAUCUUAUCAUGUACGCAGCGUUCGUACAUUCCUGGAGAACGGCGAAACCGCCGUAAAAUACAACAGCAACGUCAAGCUAACUUCCGACCGGAACGGGGUACUUGUAGUGCGUCCAGAGGUCGGGUCCGCUGAGGGACAAAAUAUCAUCAACCUGAAAUCUAUCAACGAUCUUGAUGUGUCGAAAUCUAGCGGUCGCGGUCUCAUUAUAAGUGGAGAAGUUUUGCACGGAUGCUUCCUAGAGUUUGACUCUAGCGGGGACCGCGACUUGUGUUACUCUGAUCUCAUUGCCCUGAAGCGCUCCAUAUCCGGAUCUUAUUCGGUUUUUACGGAGAGAACGGAUGAGGCAUCUGCGACGCAGUACUUCCAGUUUUAUGGAUACCUUUCUCAGCAGCAAAACAUGAUGCAGGACUUUAUACGCACAGCGACGUAUCAGCGUGCUGUUUUGGAUAACUUGGAAGAUUUUCGAGACAAAGUAGUACUCGACGUGGGGGCUGGUUCGGGGAUUUUAUCAUUUUUCGCGUGCCAAGCAGGCGCCAAGAAGGUCUAUGCAGUUGAGGCUAGUUCAAUGGCUGCGUACGCAGAAGUUCUUGUUCGCAAUAACAGCCUGAACGAUAUAAUGACUGUUUUACCAGGGAAAAUUGAAGAAAUCGAAAUCCCUGAACAGGUUGAUCUUAUCAUUUCGGAACCUAUGGGAUACAUGCUGCUCAAUGAAAGAAUGCUGGAAACCUUUCUGCACGCCAAAAAGUGGUUGAAGCCCGGAGGAAAGAUGUACCCGAGUCGGGGCGACCUCCACGUGGCCCCAUUUACUGACGACACUCUUUAUAUGGAACAAUUCAACAAGGCAAAUUUUUGGUACACGUCCAGUUUUCACGGAGUCAACCUUACUUCGCUUCGAGAGGCAGCCGUAAAAGAGUAUUUUUCGCAGCCGGUGGUCGACACGUUCGACCUCCGGAUUUGUUUGGCGAAUUCUUGCAAGCACACAAUCGACUUCCAGACUGCCAACGAAGAAGAUUUGCACGAUAUUGACAUUCCACUCAGUUUCCCGUUGCUCAAGUCCGGUACCAUUCAUGGACUUGCCUUCUGGUUCGACGUUGCCUUUUUAGGGUCUCAGCAAGUAGUCUGGUUAUCUACAGCCCCAACUGAGCCACUCACCCAUUGGUACCAGGUCAGGUGUCUGCUGGAGAACCCGAUUUUCGUUCGGGUGGGACAAGUGCUUACUGGUCGAGUGGGGCUGAAGGCCAAUUCACGCCAGAGUUACGACGUCACAAUUGACGUUGGCGUAGAAGGAACUUCGACGCGAUCGUCCAACACACUGGACCUCAAGAAUCCUUAUUUCAGGUAUACGGGACAGGCGCCGCAGCCGCCACCGGGCGGAAACACGACGUCGCCUAGUGAGAAACUCUGGACCCAGGAUAUGACGUCGUCUGUGACGCACUCGGGAACGGGGGGCUCAGUGCCGUCACUGGGCUCGUUCGUCGACUACAACGGGCUUGGCAACGGCGGCGACGACAUCGUGAUGGACAUGGGCGGCGCUCAGCGGCGGCCUUCGGGCUCCCAGUUUUCGAACCAGAGCCAAGUGAUCUUGGGCGGGAACGCGCAUUUCCCGGUCAAUAAUGCCCUCAUGAUCGGCGACUACGCCGCUGGAGGAAUGUUGUUCCCGAACGCCGGCAUGAUCCCGAAUGUCACUGCGCCGUCGCCGUCCGGGUUCCGCAAGUGAACCCUCGGCUCUGGGGUGGGAACUACAAGGUUCCCGCGUUGCCGCGUUUUCUUUUCUCUAUUUUUUGGUCCCCUCUCGCUUGUCCGUCUUUUUUUGUGCAUUUUUAUCAAAAGAUUCGGCUCCGUUUUUCAUUUCUUGCGAGUUUUUGUCGUCUGUGGAUCCUUCUGUGAUCCGCCUCACUGCUCAUCGCACAUGGCUCAUCCAAAGGGGAAGCGACUUUGUUCUGCAUGGGUUUCCUUUGUAAUGAUUUUGAACUCUUUUUUUUAUUCCCGGGAUUCGCGCAAAACCCAUUUUUUCGGGUCGAAAAUUUUGAGCGAUAGUCGUAGAGAUUAAAGACAUUCGAUUAUUAAUGAAUUUCCUGUCGUUAAUUCGAAGUUCAAAGAUUCCUCUUGUAAUAAAUCAAACAGUGAUGGAAACGGAAAAGGAGAAAAAUACUGUACUAGAUCUGCGUUGAAACUGUUCUUACAUGCUACUUUGAAAGACACAGGAAAACACGCUAAUCUUUGAAACAAAAUCAGAACGCUGUUGAUGAAACAGAAUUCAUCACCAACUUUGAUGCGAAAAUUACACAUUGUACUAUCUUUCGUGUCUAUGUUUCUGCGAGGAAAAUCUGUAGCGGGUCUGUUUCUCAAUGCUAGAUAUAGGCGAUUUGUGCUGACAAACUUUCAAUUGGUGGAUCAUGUGAAUCGAAUAGUUUUCGAUUUUGUUGUAAACCUCCGUUGGGUAAACGAAUCGAAGUAGGUAAAGUAACUCGAGUCUGAAUUGUUGGGGUUUUUGCGGUUUUUUUUUUUUUUUUUAGAGAGGAUUACCUUUUAAAAAUUGAACUGGAAAGUUUUCGGAAUCAUGUUGAAAUCAAAUGAAUUCGAGGUUAACUUCUCAGAUGCUCUUUUGUCUUCGAGCAAAUGUUUCAUGAUUCGAACGUGCCAAGUAUAUCAUUGAAUUUGUCUUCAAUGAGUGGGCAGCUUUUUAUCGCGCUUCUUUUUCAAUGCGAAUCCGAGUAUGAAGAAGAGAAAAGCCCUGAGGAUGUAAGUUGAGUGAUCAGCGGUGAGGCGGAAAAUAAGAUCAUUUUCAGAUGUUUUAUGGCGUCCUUCCAGACGUUUCCGUCGCGAUGUGUGACGCAACUGUGCAGCGAUUUGAAGCUUAUAUUGCCACGGGACAGACUUUGAGAUUAAGAAUGUUCCGUUCAUUUUCCUUUUGAUAUUGCGUGGCGUGUGUGCAUUCAUUUCGAGCCAUUUUUUCACCCAUGUGCGUUGACUUCUUUUUUUUUUUUUUU